GUGUUAAAUUCAUUUUAAAAAUCAUUUUGUAUUUCUGAUUACUAUUCUCAUAUGGUAUUCAUUAUUUUAAAUAUCGUUCGAACUGUAAAUUUUCUAAAAUUUUACUCGGGUUUUUUUAUUUAAUUUUGUGUUCUUUUUUUAUCAUUUUUUUUUUUUUUGUUAUUAUUAUUAACGAAGCAUGGCUAUCAUGCAAUCCUGUUGUUGCUGGCAAUCAGUACGCAGAGGGAGUUACGCUUGUGCCAUUUAUACCGGAAUUUACUUUGCUUUAUUAGCCAUAAUAACUAGCACGAUACUACAAGCAGAAAGUGAAUAUUUAUCUGGAAAUCGAUCGUUACCAGAGUCGUCGAGUAUUUUAGAACCUGGAACAAUAUCACCUGCUACAUUACGUUUCAACAUAACUUUGUUGAUAUGUUCGUGUUCUGGUAUUAUCUGUUGUAUUCUUCUCGUGUACGGUUUAUUAAAGGACAAACGAAUAUUCCUCUUACCAUGGAUCAUUAACAUGAUAUCUUGCAGUACGAUUGACAUUUCACACGCAUUGUAUUUAAUCAUCAUAACGCCAAACUUUAAUCCAAUAAUGGCGAUGCUCUACACACUCAACUUUUUCCUACUGUGUUUAAACGUGUACUCUCUUCUAUGUGUUAUCUCACAAUAUCAAGAAUAUUUGGCCGAUCGUGGUACGGCAGCGGAUGACAACAACUACAGGGUCAGUAUUCUGAAAGUCUCACGAAGAAAAGGGCAACGUGAUAAGGGAGGAAAAGUUCCAGUUGUGAGAUACACGGUACAACCAACAACAACUGCAACAACAUCCUGUUUGAGCUCACGAAAAACACCUACUACCACUAACGAGACGAAGAUAACACCAACACCAACCCAAAGUCCAACUACAUCACGAUAUCUUUCCUUUCCUAUAAAGAGUCCUACGGUAGGACGAGCACAUAAAAAGCACGUUCAAUUUCCGGACACUCCAACGUCAACGUCGAGUUCAACGCCAACGGCAAUACCAAUGUCUAUGGAAAAAUCAGAAAUUCCUUUGACGAACUCCAACGCAAAGUAAACUCAACCCCCAUUCUCCCACCGGCCUGAUGAUACUUAGGAAAAGUUUCAUCACACGAAACAAUUAUUAUUUAAUCAUAGAUCAAUUGUUUCUAAGCAUAUUAAUGCUGCUGUUAGUUAAAUUGUAAAAAGAGAAAGCUUUUUGUUUCUCUAUUCGUGGUCUAUCGCGAUCGAUCGUAUUUUCUAGGACAAUCUUAUGGUUCUCAUGAUUUUUCAAGAACAAGUCACGUGAGAUGAUGAGAGAGAAUUGUAAGAAUACUUCGUUAAAAAAAUAAAAAAAAAAAGAUUA